UACGCGCGGUUUCAACGCUGUUUAUUGUAUUUAAAUGAAAUAUUUGAAUUUAUCAAAUAACAAUUGAGUAAUUGUUAGACAAAAUGUCUUGGAACAAAAUUAUGUGUAAACAUCGAGAGGUUCAAUUGAUCGGAACCCUCAAUGGAGGUCAAAGCUUCAGAUGGACGUAUAAUCAAGAAAGUGAUGAAUGGAUCGGAGUUUUCUCAAAAACAGUGUGGAAAUUGCGUCAAAAAGAUGAUUGCUUACAUUACCAAGUCUUAGGUUCUCUGCAUAAUAAAACUACAAAAAAUAAAACAAAAGAAGUUAAGAACAAAGCAGAGGUAAAUGAGAACGGGUUAUUUACGAGUUUGUUGGAGAAAUAUUUUCGCUUGGAGGUAGACUUGGGGAGUUAUUACAAGAAGUGGUCAGAGAGUGACGAGCUGUUUAAAACGGCCGGGCAGCAGUUCUACGGCAUUAGGAUGUUGGCGCAGGAGCCCGUGGAGAACCUGUUUUCGUUUAUUUGCAGCCAGAAUAAUCACAUAUCAAGGAUAUCAAGUAUGGUGGAGAAAUUAUGUUCUAACUAUGGAGAAGAAAUCUGCAGCCAUGAGGGCACAACUUACUAUGCUUUUCCUGAAGUUGAAAAACUGUGUGAGCCAAAGGUGGAAUCUCAACUACGUGAGCUCGGGUUCGGCUACAGAGCCAAAUUUAUCCAGAAGUCAGCAGCGCAGAUAGUUGAGUGGGGGGGAGAGGAAUGGUUCAAGUCGCUCAAGGAGAUGAAAUACAAGGAUGCGAAGGUUGAGCUGAUGAAACUGCAUGGAAUUGGACCUAAGGUAGCCGACUGUAUCUGCCUAAUGUCUCUCCAUCACCUCGAAGCCUUGCCAGUAGACACUCACGUGUACCAGAUCGCGACGCACUACCUCCCGCACCUACGCGGCCGGAAGUCCGUCACCGACAAGAUGUACGCGGAGAUUGGCGACCACUUCCGGGAGUUGUACGGAGAGCUGGCCGGCUGGGCGCAUACUGUCCUCUUUUGUGCAGAUCUGAAGAAGUUUCAACAAAAUGGCGACGAAGAGUGUGUCAAACCGAAGAAAAGGAAAAAAUAAUGAUCUGUGAUACAUUUAUAAUGAGGACACAAAUAAAAACGUUGUAAGGUGA